UGUGCUGUGCAGUAGGGCGCUGCAGGGCUCUGUAUGACCUCUAGAGCGCGACAGAACGCUGAAUGCAGUUCAUCAUCUGAGGCGGAAGCGACGAGGAAGAAGCUGCCAAAACACUGCAAGGACGUUUGAGGCGGCUUUUAAACAUCAAUUGGUUAUGCUCCAAAUUUGUCGCUUACAUUUGAUUACAUGUGCUGUUAAGGAUCAUGUAAACCUCUGCAAUGUCUCUGCCUGAGCAUCUCAACAUGAGCCCCUGGGUCUUGUCUGAGUUUUUGGUCCAGAGGAGGCUGCUUGGUUUUGGGGUGCUGCUGGCCUGGAUGGUCUUGUUCCACCUGCUGGUCAACGUUUGGCUCCUCUGUGUCUUCACCAGCCUCUUAGUGGUCUUAGGUGGUUGGCUUGGUUCCCAGGCUGUCCUGGACUCAGACAGCGUUAUUCAUCUGGAACGCUUUGCUAGGCUGGAGGAGGUCCCACAUAAUGCCGAGAGCGAGCAACAACUGGAAGAUGAGAUCCAGAAGACCGUUGCCAAGAUCAUACGUGACUUUGUCACCUCGUGGUACAGCACCAUUUCUAGAGAAAAAGAGUUUGAGGAUGAGGUGCACAAUGCCAUGAUCUCCAUUGCGAUGGAGCUGAAGGGUCGAGCGGCAAGAGUUGACAGGAAAGCUUUAUCCCAGAGGGUUUUAGACCUAUCUGGAUGCCACCUUCAGUGUUAUUUGAGUGCCAAGGAAGCCAUUAAACAUCAAGAGGUGGACAAAGAUGGAGAUCUCUGGGAGGCGUACAGCAAACUCUUCCCUCAUCAUCCCGCCCUUCAGAGCUCUGCUGUCGAGGUAAAUUACGUACGGGCCAUUGUAGACCUGCUUCUUCAUGUUCUUGUACCUCCUCCACAUUUAGAAACCAGAACUGGUCGAUUUGUGGUGGGCGAACUUAUAACCUGCAAUGUGCUGCUGCCUUUAAUUGCAAAACUGUCCGACCCAGACUGGCUAAACAUGUUGAUUGUAAGCAUCUUCAGUCAAUCCAGUGAACCAGCCCCAGAGCCAGAACCAGUAGAAGUUCAAGCUCCACCACAAGUUGUAUCUGAUCAAGAAAACACACUGCAAGAACUUGAAAUUCCAUGCGUUCUGACUCUAAAAGUCACCCCAGAGACCCCCACAGCAGUGGAGGCCCCAACGCCAGAACUUGCAGCUUACGAUGUCAUUGACUCCUCUGAUCUUUAUUCUCCACACAACCUGGAGGAAGACGAACCACGGUCGACCAAACCAUUUCCGUCGGGUUUUAGCCCCAGGGAUUUUCUGAGGCUCGGUAAGUCCAAUCCUUUCUAUCAAGAAACUGACUCUGAUUUGGAUUCUCCUCUAACGGACUUCAAGCGGAGCUCUCUAGAAUCGCUGGUUCUGAUUGGUUCAGAGGAGACCCUUUCAGAAAGACUUGCUGAAUGCACCACUCCGGUUGACACUGUGUUAGACCUCGAGGAUGAACUUCCGACUUACACCAAUACGACAGAGAAGGAGCUAUCAGUACAUUCCGCAGGUGUGCCUGAGGAAGAGUCAUCAAGCUUUUGCACUCUCCAGCCGCUAGAGAAGAGUAACUCGAGUGCAGACCAGCCAGGCCUGGUGAACCCCAGUGAGCUGGCUCUGACUGCACCCAUCCAGGCUUCUUCACCAGCUGGGAUGGCAUCCCUGGCACCUUUCAGCUUCGAGCCCCUUAGCAGCCCAGAGGGUCCAGUCAUUAUCCAGAACCUCCGCAUCACUGGCACCAUCACUGCCAAGGAGCACCGAGGCACUGGCUCACAUCCCUACACUCUCUACACUGUAAAGUAUGAGACAGCCAUGGACACUGAGAAUCCUGACGCUUUGCAGCCCAUGGCCUACCACACUGUCAACCGACGCUACAGUGAAUUCCUCAACCUUCAGACCCGUUUGGAGGAGAAACCAGAAUUACGCAAGAUUCUUAAAAAUGUGAAAGGACCAAAGAAAAUAUUCCCUGAGCUUCCAUUUGGAAACAUGGACAGUGACAAAGUCGAGGCCAGGAAAGGUCUUUUGGAAACAUUCCUUAGACAACUUUGUGCCAUUCCUGAAACGGCCAACAGUGAGGAAAUGCAAGAAUUUCUUGCUCUAAACACUGAUGCAAGAAUUGCCUUUGUGAAGAAACCCUUCAUUGUUUCACGCAUAGACAGGAUUGUGGUGAACGCUAUAGUGGACACCCUGAAGACGGCCUUCCCUCGCUCAGAACCACAAAGUCCUACUGAUGAAAUUGACACAGAUCCUGAUGGGAAACUGUCCACUGACAAGAAAUCCAAGUCUAGAAUGAGGUUCUCUAGUAAAAUUGCCCCUGCUCUCAAUGUGUCUGACAUGAAACCCAAAGUGCUUUACUGCUUAGAUGAAAGCAGCUGUGUUUUCAAUGGCUUCUCGUUGAAUGAGCUGGAGAACUUCAUCUCAGAGAAGGAGCGUUUAGAGGGUAAAGCAGGGUUUGAUGCUGAUGCAGAGAGAAGCGGAGGCCCAGGACUUAAAUGGGAUAUGAAAACAUGCACAUGUGCCAGAGCACAGCUACAGAAUGCACCUGCCAUCAGUGACUCUGCUAGUGAGACACCUCUAUCUGACCAGGCCCUGAAUAUCCUGUGUGUGCUCAUGAAGGAUCAGUGGAGCUGGCUUUGUACAGAGAACAUCCAGAGGACCAUCAGAAUGCUGUUUGGGACCCUCAUUGAAAGGUGGCUGGAGGUGGGUGUAGUUAACCUGACCUGUGCGCAGUAUUGGGUGAUUUAUCUGCGGGUGCUGCAGGAGGCCAUCUGGCCUGGAGGAAGUCUGCCGGCUCAACCCAGACCCCACCGCAGCCAGCAGCAGAAACAGGAGAGCAGAGAGCAGGCUCUGCAGUGCCUUAUGAAACUACUGCCAGAUCUGAUCUCUGAUAUGCUGGGCUCGGAGAAGUACAAGAUAUCUUGGCAGAUGGUUGUGGAUUCUUUUCAGGACCCCACAAUAAACAGGCAUCUUGUGUACUGCAUCUGGGAUCUGCUUAUCGAGUUUCUCGUCCCUGAGGCAUCUGAUGGGGACUUUCAGAAAACACUUCUGCACAGCCUGUCCAAAAACGCUGAGAAGCUGCCACCAUAGAUGUGCUGGGGCAGACUGAACACAUAAACACACUUGCCUACAUACAUACGUAUCUCAUACAAACGUGAUCGGUUAAAAUAUUAGGUGGAAAUACAGGCAGGAACAUGUGAUCAAGAAAGUGUGGAUUUGAAUUCAUGACAGCCUGUGUCUGGCACCAAUUUGCUUUCGCUGUUUCUGGGACACACUGCGCAGAUCCGGGCAGGCAUUGAUUAACGGCCACAUGUUUUGUGUUUUAUCAAACCACAAGUCCAAUCUCUAAAGCCCAACAUACCGGAUCUGAAUUAGUUGCAAGUUCUCCAACUUUUAUCCACCUUGUUCCCACUUCAGCUUUGGGCAAAGCUCUUACAGAUGGACUGCGCUGAUCAUUUCUGCACUAUCCUAUUAAGCGUUUCUGGCCUUACAGUCUUGAUAUACCAUGAGUUUACACACAUUCCCUUAUUGUGCACAUGUGCACUUGAUAAUUUUGCUUCACACCUUCUUCAGAGAUGCUUUAGAGGCUGUAUCGGCCUUAUCUCUAAGAUAAAGCCUGUUUUUCCACAAGUUUUCUCUGUAAGUAUGAAAUUCAUCACAUCUGCGUCUGGUGUCACGGUAAGGCUGUAUGUGCAUCGUGUGCUCUCAGCCAACUUGUGAAGCCUUUAAAUGUAAUGUCUCUGUUCACAACCUCUAAUUAAGUGGUUAGAUGCUGACAUAAAGCCAAGAAAAGGUCAUUGAAUCAGCAAAAAUGGGCAGUUUUUUUUCUUUCUUUUUUAUCAAAAGGAAAAUUCUGUCAUUCUUUACUUAUACUCAUGCCAUUCCAAUCCUGUAUUACUUUUUUUUUUUUUUUUUUUUUUUUUUUUUUUUUUGUGGAAUAUAAAAACAUUUUUUAAGAUGUUUUUUUUUUUUUUCUUAUAAUGGAAGUCAGUAGUCGCCAAAACUGUUACCAACACUAUAAGAUGUAUUUUGUGUUUUGGAUGAACUACUUCUUUUAAAUGUAUUUAUUUAUUUUGAUGUGCAUUACAAAGCAGCUGAGGACUAAAAACAAAUAAUAGAGAAUUACAUGGUUCUGGUUUGGGGUUUACAUAUUUUCUUAGAAUUCUACCACAGUGAAAUGAUGUCUUAAUUGCCUUAAUGUGUACAAAUAAUUUAAUUCAGUUUAAAAAAAACUGUCAAAUUGAUGCACAUGUAACUUUUAAAAAGUCUGAAAAAAAACAGCCUUGUCAUUCCUUAAUGUAAUGUGUAAUUAGUUUCCAAAUCUUAACAGUAUUACUUUCAAAUGUUGUUUUAUUAGCAUUAAUAUGUCAUCUAGUCACCAUUCCGCUUGCACAAACUACCUAGUAGUUGCAUAAAAUGGUCCUGUCCUUUCCAUGCGUGAUGGUGUGAGCCUUGUGUCCGUGCAUGCAGAUUUAGAUUCAGGUUUUGCACUGUGAACCCUGUUGCCCAGUGUGCAUUACAGUGGCUUAAUGGCUUUGUUACACUGUACUUGUGCUUAAAGCGCUGAAUGUUGCACUAUUUGUAAUUUUGUAAGUGAUCUGGUCAUUUAUGUUGUAGGCCUUCUGUUGUUCUGAUGUAGAUUAAGCAGUUGAUAUUGUCAUUGAAUUCAGUGGAGAUGCGCUUACAGAGAAAUUGACACUUAUUUUUGAAGUGCUUCAGUUUCGGUUAGCAUGUUACACUUAUUUGUAUUAACUUAUUCAAACUUAAUUGUGAUUCAGUUUGCAUUUAAAAAAGUUAAACAGCUGGUACCAAAAAAAAAAAAAACACUUUUAAGAUAUUAAAUGAUGCAAAUAAAUCUACCAAAAUGUGAACAGAAA